AAAACUUCCGGUCCGGGGACGGAAACGCAAACCUGCUGUGUAAUCGUACAAUUCAGCUGUCCCAGCAGCUCCGUUUGAUUGGUAAAAACUACAGUAGUACAAAUCAAAUAUGCCAGACUAUUUAGGAGACGAUCAGAGGAAGACAAAGGAAGAGGACAAGGAUGACUCACCAAUCAGAGCUUUGGAUGAAGGAGACAUUGCUCUGCUGAAGACUUAUGGUCAAAGCACUUACUCCAGACAGAUCAAACAAGUGGAAGAUGACAUCCAGCAGCUGCUCAAAAAAAUCAACGAGCUUACAGGUAUUAAAGAGUCAGACACGGGGCUGGCGCCACCAGCUCUCUGGGAUCUGGCUGCUGACAAGCAGACCCUUCAGAGUGAACAACCACUACAAGUUGCAAGAUGCACAAAAAUCAUCAACGCAGACUCGGAGGACCCCAAAUACAUCAUCAAUGUCAAACAAUUUGCCAAGUUUGUGGUGGACCUGAGCGAUCAGGUGGCGCCGACUGACAUUGAGGAGGGCAUGAGAGUUGGUGUUGACAGGAACAAGUACCAGAUCCAUAUCCCCCUGCCUCCUAAAAUCGACCCGACCGUCACCAUGAUGCAGGUGGAGGAGAAACCGGAUGUUACUUACAGUGAUGUCGGUGGCUGCAAGGAGCAGAUUGAAAAGUUGAGAGAAGUGGUCGAGACCCCCCUGCUCCAUCCUGAGCGGUUCGUCAACUUGGGAAUUGAGCCCCCGAAAGGUGUGCUGCUGUUCGGACCACCCGGCACCGGAAAGACCCUGUGUGCCCGUGCCGUGGCCAACCGGACAGACGCCUGCUUCAUCCGAGUCAUCGGCUCUGAACUGGUGCAGAAGUAUGUGGGGGAGGGAGCCCGGAUGGUGAGAGAACUCUUUGAGAUGGCCAGGACCAAGAAGGCCUGUCUCAUCUUUUUUGAUGAAAUAGAUGCCAUCGGAGGCGCACGUUUUGACGACGGUGCUGGCGGAGACAACGAGGUGCAGAGGACCAUGCUGGAGCUCAUCAACCAGCUGGACGGGUUCGACCCGCGUGGCAACAUCAAAGUACUGAUGGCCACCAACAGGCCCGACACCUUGGAUCCAGCCCUGAUGAGACCCGGACGUUUAGAUAGAAAGAUCGAAUUCAGUUUGCCCGACCUUGAGGGCCGCACGCACAUCUUCAAGAUUCACGCUCGCUCCAUGAGUGUGGAGAGGGACAUUCGCUUUGAGCUGCUCGCUCGCCUCUGUCCCAACAGCACAGGUGCCGAGAUUCGCAGCGUGUGCACGGAAGCCGGCAUGUUCGCAAUCAGGGCUCGCCGGAAGAUUGCCACUGAGAAGGACUUCCUGGAGGCGGUGAACAAGGUCAUCAAGUCCUACGCCAAGUUCAGCGCCACGCCAAGAUACAUGACCUACAAUUGAGUGUACAUACAUACACGUGUUGUCCGGUUUGAAUUUUUACUUCUUGGAAAGCAGAGUCAAGAAAUAAUGUCCUUAUGUUGUCAGGAGUUACAAAUAAACCUUUAUGCCGCA